CCCCGGCGGCGGGGCUUCCCCGACUCGCUGCCUGCCCGCCGCCGUGCCCGAGCCGCUCCUGCUGCUGGGCUGCUGCCUGCGGCCGCAGGACCCGACCGAGCCGGGCCGAGGGGAGCGCGGGCGGCUGCUGGCAGCGGCCGAGAUGAUGGCGGAGGGCGGCGGCGGGCCGGCGCGCAGGAAGGCGCUGUCGCUGCUGGAGGCGGCCCGAUCCCGCUACGAGAGCCUGCAGAUCUCCGACGACGUCUUCGGGGAGUCGGGCCAGGAUAGCAGCGGGAACCCCUUCUACAGCACCUCGGCCGACUCCCGCUCCGCCGCCUCUUCCCAGGACGAGGAGGACGACGAGGAGGACGAGGGGUGCCCGGGGGCGCCAAGCCCGCGGGGCAGGGCGGCCCGGCGCCGCUCUCACCGGGCGGCGGCCACCCCGGCGGAGCGGCGGCGUCAGCGGCAGGUCUGCGGCGGCAGCGCCGUCCCGGGCGGCCCCGGCCCCAUGGAGGAGGAGGAGGAAGCGGAGAAGGGGGGCUGGACCCGGUCGCUACGAGAUGUCCCACCCCCUCCCUUCAAGGAUGGCAGCGGUCCAACACGAAAAAUGCCCCUGACUGCCAGUGCCAUGGACUUCUUUCAGCUCUUUGUCCCUGACAAUGUACUAAAGAAUAUGGUGGUCCAAACCAACAUGUACGCCAAGAAGUACCAGGAGAGGUUUGGUAGUGACGAUGCCUGGAUUGACGUCACCUUGACAGAAAUGAAGGCCUUCUUAGGCUACAUGAUAUCAACCAGCAUCCACCACUGUGAGUCUGUUCUCAGUAUCUGGAGCAGUGGCUUCUACAGCAACAAGAGCAUUGCACUUAUCAUGACGCAAUCACGGUUUGAGAAGAUCCUGAAAUACUUCCACAUUGUGGCCUUCCGCUCGAGCCAGACAACGCAUGGCCUCUACAAAAUCCAGCCUUUUCUGGACUCUCUGCAGAAUGGCUUUGACUCUGCUUUUAGACCUUCACAAGCCCAGGUAUUACAUGAGCCCCUCAUUGAUGAGGAUCCUGUUUUCAUUGCUACCUGCACAGAGAGGGAGCUGCGCAAGAGGAAAAAGAGGAAAUUCAGUCUCUGGGUUCGGCAGUGCUCAUCCACUGGUUUCAUCUGCCAGAUUUAUGUCCAUCUCAAAGAAGGGAGUGGUGCCGAUGGGCUGGAUGCUUUAAAGAACAAACCGCAGCUUCACAGUAUGGUGGCUAAAAGCCUUUGUCAGAACGCCUCUGGGAAGAACUACAUCAUCUUCACAGGCCCAAGCAUUACCAGCCUGAAUCUCUUUGAAGAAUUUGAGAAGCAAGAGAUUUACUGCUGUGGGUUGCUGAGCACCAGGAAGAGUGACUGCACAGGCCUACCUCCAUCCAUGCUGAACAAUUCUGAAACUCCACAGUCCAGAGGGCAGUACAGAAUAAGAAUGAAGGGAAACAUGUCCUUGAUCUGCUGGUACAAUAAAGGGCACUUUCGUUUUCUGACCAAUGCCUAUUCACCGGUUCAACAAGGAGUUAUAAUUAAGAGAAAAAGUGGAGAAAUUCCAUGUCCAUUGGCAGUUGAAGCCUUUGCUGCUCACCUUAGCUAUAUCUGCAAAUAUGAUGACAAAUACAGCAAAUAUUUCAUUUCUCACAAACCAAACAAGACCUGGCAACAAGUAUUCUGGUUUGCCAUCAGCAUUGCCAUAAAUAAUGCCUACAUCCUCUACAAAAUGUCAGAGGCCUACCAUGUGACAAGGUACAGCCGUGCACAGUUUGGUGAGAGACUUGUAAAGGAGCUUCUGGGUUUGGAAGACACCUCACCCUCCCAUUGAUGCAUUGUUCCUGGUGGCGUAGGCAGGGGCUGAAGGGUAAGCAGAAGAUACCACACCUGGAGCAGCAAAGCAAGGAACUUGUGACACCACCAGUGCUGUCAUCCGAAAAUGCCAAGUGAUGCCACUAGAGAGGUGGAAACUUUGUUCUUAAUAGCAGCUGGAUGUAGACAUGUCGUGCAGAAAGUGCCACUGGAAAAGCUGACACAAAAUUGCAUAUGUGAAUGCCCUGUGGGAAUCUGUACACCCAAAAAAGACUUAAACUAGUUGUCAUCUCAAUACUAUUUGUUGAACAGGGUCAUCUUGUAAAGUUACUCGUGGGCCAAGACCUUGUCAUAAGCUGGCAUAGCUCAGCAGUCCUAGACAGGUAUUAUGGAAAACUCUAUAGCGUACUUGGAGUUACUAAAUUCUGGGACAAGCAAUGUAAGUCUGCACCAUGGGCUGUGGCUGGGAGUGCCUGCCAUCCUGUAGGGCAUCACUGCUGUCCUCCCAGUGUGAUAAAUGGAGCAGUUCAGAUACAUGAACACUGAAGCAAGCAUAUUGACAAACAAAACCUUCACAGGCAGGCAGCCAGGAACUGAGGACCAGUCAUGAUUUUUUCUUUCUGGGUUUUUUUUUCUUUUUCCUGGUUUUAUUAAUGUCACCUAAGGCAAUUUGAUCCCAGUUAGUACACAGAAAAAUUAGGAGAAACCAAAUACAUUAGUAAAUUUAAAAUGAAAAUACAUUAUAUUGAUUUUCUUUUUUAACCAGGACAAAACAUUUUAUACACAAACACACAGUGAUUAAUACUGUAAGUAUUAAGAAUGAGUAGACCAUUAAGUAAUACUGCCUCACAUCUUAACUGCCACGGUCAGUGUACAGGUGAGAAAUCAGAGUAUAACAUCUAUAUUUUUUCCUGAUUUCAACUGUAUCUUCAAUGUUGCUUAAAAAGCUAAUCUAAUGGACUGUUAAGGUUUCUUGCUUUUUCCUUUGUAACUGUCAAGACUUUUUUGGUCCAGUUUAGAACUCCAUUUGACACACAGUUGGCAAGAAAAAAAUAAGUCACUAAUAGCCGUGUGUUUCCCAUUAUCACUGUGGUGUGUUCUGUAGGAAUUCUUUUUGUUAGAAUUCAGGGCUUGUUACAGUAGUUGUAAUUGAGCAGAUUACAUGUUGAGCAAAAUAACAUAGCAUUGCGUUUUACAAAAAGAAGUCUAGUUGCAACCAGACCUUAAACCUCACUAAAACAGAGCAAGCCCAAAGAGUUCUUCUGUUCUUAGUAACACUGCAGAGGACAAGCAUCGUCGUGAGCUGGUGACCAAGGCUGAAAUGCCACAUUUUGGUGCUGGUGGAAUCUGAAGGCCGCUGGAGCUUCAGAAAACAAUACCGAGAGACAUAGGUAUGACUGAAAUGAGGGAGAAUUGAUACUGAAGUGAAAUGCUGCCCUGCCCUCUACACUUUAUUGAUUUCAGUCCACAACUCAAUCAGCAAAAAACUCUGUGUUCUAAAGGUUAGCAGUGACAAAUACAAACAGAAUUGCAUUAACUUAUGGGGCAGAAACCAUGUUGCUUAGAGGACCACCUGGUUUUAGGUCCCCAAGCCUGAGAAGUUUUACCGAAGAAUGACUUGAGUUGAUUCAAGAAGAAUGGAGGGAUCAACUGAUUUAUUGAUUUAUGAUUGUAAAUCUCACCAGGUUAUAUGUAUCUAUCUGGCAAGAGGCAAUAGAGGGUAACCAACAUGAAUUUGAAAACUCCUCAGAUUUCAUCAUUAUGCGAUGUGCAAAUGCACAGCAUGUAAAUAAUAACAGAGAAAGAAUCGAGUAGGGGUUAGUAAAUUAAUGACUAGCCUAUAGAGUAUCCUUGCACUGAUACCUUUCUGUUUCCACCAAAGUCUUAUUUUUUGGAGUAGACUUAGAGGCAGAUUUCACCUGGUUGCAGGGAGAGUAAGGGAAUGGCCAACUCCACAGUGAUUCUGCUUGUAAUACAGCCUGGAGCCUGUCCCACAUGUCCUGCUCUGCCUGCUGGCUGCACAAUGUACAAGAGCAAGAUUCCUAAGCAUCCCUUUUCGCUUCUCAGUCCAAAAGGUCUCCUCCCAGGAAACACGGGAGAAAGGACAAAACCUUGUGCACUGAGGCCUCCUAGCCUCAAAAGGAGGGAGAAGGUUUGUGCCACUCUAGUCCUCGGCAAUGCCAAGCUGCAUAGGAACCCAAGGAUGAGUUCAGAACUUCUUAGCCUCACAGAGAACUGAGACCACCCCUCUUCAGACUGUGUGUGAUAGCUGGUUAUUGUCAGUCUUGUAAGUAUUCAAACAGAGAGAGGAGCUAAGCUGAAGCAUGAAAAACAAAUGUUCAGCAAUGUAAGCUCACAGUUUCCUUUAUUCAGGAAAUUUCACAGAGGUACCAAAAGGCAAAUGGUGUUCUUAUUGCUCCCUGCUUCAGACAAUGCCAGCUGAUAUUGGAUCAGGAAGAGUAGCUAAUAGUUCAUUAUAUCCCAUAAAUUUAUAUGGUAGUCAAAAUUGGGGCAGUAAGGAGGUCUGGCUGGAACUUUGCUAAUGGGAUGGCUUGAAUGAACAGUAUCUGCUUCCUUGCAUUCCCCUGCCAUGCUGGAGCAUUUGCAGGGUACCUAAACCCCCAGCAGAGAUGGGACGGUUUGCAAGACCACCUCAGAGCCACUUGGCAUUUCUGAGGAGUAGGCAGAGCACUCUCCAGCUGUAUUGUGGGCCCCUGGGAUAAACCUGGAGCCCUUGGCCAAUUGUUAAAUUACUAUGUAUGCUUAAAGGCCUGGAUCUAGGCCACCCCAUACAGAAAAUGCCUUUUCUUUUUCAGGUGAAAGUAGGUCUGAGGCCUUGGAAUAUUUAAUUUUUCACUAAUGUAUGCUGUUAAUUAUGUGGAUUACUUGAGCUCAAAUCAUGAGGUCCUAGCUUUUUGCCUCAGGGACUGGGUCCUGAGUAGUUUUCCCUAGAAUUGGUGUUGACGGGGGAUUACACAGUGGCUGACUAUUACAGGGAAGAUGCUUUAGUCUCCUUUGUAAAGGAGAAAAAUGAAAACAAAAUUAUAGCUUUGCAAUGAAUUUCAUUUUCUUAGCCUUAACCAUCCCUCAUCAUUUUGAACUGGUGUUCUAAACAUGCACAAACAUUCCAUAAGUAAGCAAAAAUAUUUAUAUAUAUUUAUAUGUACAAAAUGCUUGAAUUUUGGCUCUUGAAGCCAACAAGCAAAAGUCACCAAAGCAUAGCCUAGAUCUACAGAUGACUCUUCCCCUUCAUCUUUUCUUUUUUUUGACUGGAAGUGGAUAGGGUUGGGGAAAGUUAGGAUUUCUGCUUGUUGAAAAAGCAUCUUGCACUUUCUCUGUUACUAUAAACAAGGCAAAGU